GCCUCUACAGCCGCCAUGGGGGAACGGUUCGUGGUCGUACCGGUGGACGGAGCCGCCGGAGGAGCAGCACCGGGCCGGGCGGAGGAGGACCGGGAGCCCGCGGAGGGGCUCGGGCUUGACCCCGCGGAGGACCCGGGACCCGGACCGCAGGACCCCGGCGCCGCGGUCCCCAUCCUGGAGUACAACCGGGAGCCCAUUAAGUACGGUGACGGCGUCCCGAAGGAGAACAGUCCCUUCAUCAACAACACCGACAACGACAAGGGCAACAGCUACGAUGGCACCAACAUGGCGCUGUUCGAGGAGGAGAUGGACAGCAACCCCAUGGUGUCGUCCCUCCUCAACAAACUGGCCAACUACACCAACCUGACGCAGGGCGCCCAGGAGCACGAGGAGGCCGACGACGACGAGGGCCCCAAGAAGAAGGCCGUCAAGAGCCCUCAGAUGGGGACCUUCAUGGGCGUCUACCUGCCGUGCCUGCAGAACAUCCUGGGCGUCAUCCUGUUCCUGCGCCUCACCUGGAUCGUGGGCACCGCCGGCAUCCUGGAGUCUCUGGCCAUCGUGGGCCUGUGCUGCUCGUGCACGAUGCUGACGGCCAUUUCCAUGAGCGCCAUCGCCACCAACGGCGUGGUUCCAGCCGGCGGCUCGUACUACAUGAUCUCCAGGUCUCUGGGUCCGGAGUUCGGCGGCGCCGUGGGCCUCUGCUUCUACCUGGGCACCACCUUCGCCGGUUCCAUGUACAUCUUGGGUACCAUCGAGAUCCUGCUGACCUACAUCGUGCCUAAAGCGGCCAUCUUCGUGGCCGAGAGGAAGGAGGACGAGGUGGCCGCCCUGCUCAACAACAUGCGCGUCUACGGGACCUGCUGCCUGGCGCUCAUGGCCGUGGUGGUCUUCGUCGGGGUCAAGUACGUCAAUAAGCUGGCGCUGGUCUUCCUGGCCUGCGUCAUCCUGUCCAUCCUCGCCAUCUACGCCGGAGUCAUCAAAACCAUCUUCGAGCCGCCAGACUUCCCCGUUUGCAUGCUCGGGAAUCGAACGCUGCAGAACCACGACUUCGACAAGUGUCUGAAGACGGAGACCGUGGACAACGUGACGACCACCACCAGGCUGUGGACGCUGUUCUGCAAGGGGCCCGAGCUCAACGCCUCCUGCAACGAGUACUUCAUGAACAACAACGUGACGCUGGUGCAGGGCAUCCCCGGGCUGACCAGCGGGGUCGUGUCAGAAAACAUGUGGUCCCAGUACGGACCCCUGGCCAUGCUGGUGGAGAACCCGAAGCUGGAGUCCGUGGGCGGCAGCGACCCGGCUCAGGACAUCUACAUGCCCUACGUGGUCAACGACAUCACCACCUUCUUCACGCUGUUAGUGGGCAUCUACUUCCCCUCCGUCACCGGAAUCAUGGCCGGAUCGAACCGGUCUGGAGACCUGAGGGACGCCCAGAAGUCCAUCCCCAUCGGGACCAUCCUGGCUAUCGCCACCACUUCAUUCAUCUACGUUACCUGUGUGGUCCUGUUCGGCGCCUGCAUCGAGGGCGUCCUGCUGCGAGACAAGUUCGGGGACUCGGUGAAGGGGAACCUGGUCAUCGGGACGUUGUCGUGGCCGUCGCCGUGGGUGAUCGUGAUCGGCUCCUUCUUCUCGUGCUGCGGCGCCGGCCUGCAGAGCCUGACCGGCGCCCCCCGCCUGCUGCAGGCCAUCGCCCGGGACGGCAUCGUGCCCUUCUGCCGGUGCAGGCUGGUCUUCGGCCACGGGAAGGCCAACGGGGAGCCCACCUGGGCCCUGCUGCUGACCGCCGGGAUCUGUGAGAUCGGGAUCCUGAUCGCCUCGCUGGACGCCGUGGCGCCCAUCCUGUCCAUGUUCUUCCUCAUGUGUUACCUGUUCGUCAACCUGGCCUGCGCCGUGCAGACGCUGCUGCGGACCCCCAACUGGAGGCCCCGCUUCAAGUACUACCACUGGGCGCUGUCCUUCCUGGGAAUGAGCCUGUGUCUGGCCCUCAUGUUCAUCUCGUCCUGGUACUACGCCAUCGUGGCCAUGGUCAUCGCCGGGUGCAUCUACAAGUACAUCGAGUACCGAGGGGCGGAGAAGGAGUGGGGAGACGGGAUCCGGGGUCUUUCUCUGAACGCAGCCCGCUACGCCCUGAUCCGCCUGGAGGACGCUCCGCCGCACACCAAGAACUGGAGGCCUCAGCUGCUGGUCCUCCUGAACGUGGACUCGGACCAGGCCGUCAAACACCCCCGCCUGCUGUCCCUCACCACCCAGCUGAAGGCGGGGAAGGGCCUGACCAUCGUGGGGAACGUUCUGGAAGGAACCUACCUCACCAAGGACACGGAGGCCAAGAAGGCCGAGCAGAACAUCAAGGCGGCCAUGGCGGCGGAGCGCACCAAGGGCUUCUGCCACGUGGUGAUCUCGUCCAACCUGCGGGACGGCGUGUCCCACCUCAUCCAGUCGGCCGGCCUGGGCGGCAUGAAGCACAACACGGUGCUGAUGGCCUGGCCCGGCACCUGGAAGCAGUCCAACGACCCGCAGUCCUGGAAGAACUUCAUCGAGACGGUGCGGGAGACCACGGCGGCCCACCACGCCCUGCUGGUGGCCAAGAACGUGGACAGCUUCCCCACCAACCAGGACCGGCUGGGCGAGGGCACCAUCGACGUGUGGUGGGUGGUGCAUGACGGAGGCAUGCUGAUGCUGCUGCCCUUCCUGCUGCGGCAGCACAAGGUGUGGAGGAAGUGUAAGAUGCGGAUCUUCACCGUGGCCCAGAUGGACGACAACAGCAUCCAGAUGAAGCGAGACCUGCAGAUGUUCCUGUACCACCUGCGGCUGGACGCGGAGGUGGAGGUGGUGGAGAUGCACGAUAACGACAUCUCGGCCUUCACCUACGAGAAGACGCUGGUGAUGGAGCAGCGGUCGCAGAUGCUGAAGCAGAUGCAGCUGUCCAGGACGGAGCGGGAGAGAGAGAUUCAGAGUAUCACUGACGAGUCUCGUAACUCCAUCCGGAGGAAGAACCAGGGCGCCGAUCAGGGCGCCGAGCUCAGCCGCCAGUCCUCGCAGAUGGAGGACACGCAGGAGGACGAGGCGCAGCUCAUCCACGACCGGAACACGGCGUCUCACGCCGCCGUCAACGACAAGGCGGACUCGGGCCCGGAGCGCGUCCACAUGACGUGGACCAAGGACAAGCUGUUCACCGAGCGCAACCGCAGCCGCGAGUGCAACUCCAACGUGGCGGUCCGAGACCUGUUCAACAUGAAGCCAGAGUGGGAGAGUCUGAACCAGUCCAACGUCCGCCGCAUGCACACGGCCGUCAAGCUCAACGAGGUGGUGGUCAACAAGUCCCAGGGGGCCCACCUGGUCCUGCUCAACAUGCCGGGCCCGCCCAGGAACCGGGGCGGCGACGAGAACUACAUGGAGUUCCUGGAGGUCCUGCUGGAGGGUUUGAACCGGGUGCUCCUGGUGCGGGGCGGCGGCCGUGAAGUCAUCACCAUCUACUCCUAACCCCCCUCAGAACCCCCACCUCGCCCCACCCUGCACACAUGGACGCGUUGCCAUGGAGACCGGUCGCCGGGCGUUUCCACCGGGGCGCAGGCCCCGUUUGGUUUGGGAGGCGGGGCCACGUGAUUGACGGGCGUUCCGCCGCGGGACGCCGGGAUGGAGGCGGGCGGAGCCACGUCCGGGCCGCGGGGGCGGAGCCCCGGGUCAAAGACCAUAGACAUAGACACUUUGUACAUUGUUGUUCCCGAGAGCCUCGGCCCUGGUCCUGGUCCCGGUUCCGGUCCCGGUUCUGUUCUGUCCUCUGUGUCAACCUUGUAGUCUUCAGUGUUUGCUGUUCUGGACUUUUCUGGACCUGAGACUGGGAGGGAGGUUAGCUGUGAACACACACACACACACACACACACACACACACACACACACGGUCCCAGGUCCCGGCAGGCUUCCUGUUCUAGGCGUUCUGUUGGUAGGGAGAUAGCCAUAGCUGACCCAGUGCUUUAAAGCAGCACGUUGUUUGGGUUUCGUACUACCGCCGUCUGACGGCUCAAGUCGCUUGCUUCACGUUGGAGUUGAAGAAAAGCACAGCGGGACACUCGCCGGUGUUCCGGUCCUCUUUGCACUCGGAAACGUUCAGCACUUCCCGGCGCUCGGGUUUCUAACCUUCACCUCUCGGACAACCGUUCAGCUUUUCCUCUGGGUCUCAGCGGCAGUAGAUAGAAGCUAUGAGGAGGGAGGAAAGUGCCAAAAAGACUUUGUUUUUAAAGAAGCUGUGGAAGUAAAGUCGGCGGCGUGGAGGAGGCGUGGCGGCGGCGGCGGCGGCGGGUCAGUGGGUCGGGCGGCCGGUGGGUCGGUACCUCCACAGCUUCUUUCAGCCGUAGCCCUGCAGUGUUUUACAGAGCUGCUCUGCUCUGAUCGGUUUCCUGCUGUCUGCUGUCCUGUAGCUCUGCGGCGGCGUCCUGCCCCCCCCCCCCUCCGCCUGUCGGGCAGCAGGAGGCCAGGAGGGGGCGCCGCAGCACCAAGACUCAAUAAACCUACAUAGUUUUAGUCCACAGCGCCUCAGCGGAGCUAAGUUAUUGUGUUUGUUCUGAUCGGAGCGGAGUGUGUAGCAGAGAGGAGAGGAGAGGGGUGUGUGUGUGUAUGCGCGCGCGUGUGUGUGUGUGUGUGUGUGUGUGUGUGUGUGUGUGUGUGUGUGUGUGUGUGUGUGAGAGAGAGACUGUGUGAGAUUGUGAGAUCUACCUCAAGGUGGCGCCGAGCUCGGCCAGAAAGAGCCGGAUGUGGCGGGAAAAGCAGCCUGUGGGAGAGGACCGAGAGAGAGAGGUGUGUGUGUGUGUGUGUGUGUGUGUGUGUGUGUGUGUGUGUGUGUGUGUGUGUGUGUGUGUGUGUGUGUGUGUGUGUGUGUGUGUGUGUGUGUGUGUGUGUGGUGUGUGUGUGUGUGUGUGUGUGUGUGUGUGUGUGUGUGUGUGUGUGUGUGUGUGUGUGUGUGUGUGUGUGUCAGGUGGUCUGGCUGAAACAGGAAGUGGGUGCAGGUGUAGAGGAAGUAGCCCUGUAACUUGUAUUUGUGCCUCUCUGAGUAAAUAUUAAAGUGCUGAAAC